AUGUCACACGAUACAAUGGAUAAGAAGGAUGCUGUUGACAUUACACCAGCUCAGUCACACGUCCAUCAGGAGGUUGCGGAAAUGCAUGACAAGGCACUGGUGACACGCGAGCCAUAUGGCAAGUCUGCAUGCGCUCUCUUCGCCACGCUUGGUGGUCUGCUUUUCGGCUACGACCAGGGAGUAAUCAGUGUCACACUGGUCAUGGACCAGUUUUUGGGCCGUUUCCCUCGCGUUUCUGCUGAGGCCUCGGGGGCAGGGUUCUGGAAAGGUCUUAUGACUGCCAUGCUUGAGCUCGGUGCUUUGAUUGGUGCGCUAUUUGCCGGGUAUCUUGCGGACAAGCUUUCGAGGAAAUAUGCGAUUGUGGUCGCUGUCUGUGUUUUUACUGUCGGCAGUAUCCUACAGACAGCGGCAAUUGAGUAUGCUAUGCUAACGAUUGGACGCUUGAUUGGUGGUAUGGGCAUUGGAGCCCUUGCAACAAUUGCGCCGUUGUACAUCUCCGAGAUCGCUCCUCCAGAGAUCCGCGGUGCCUUGCUCGUACUCCAAGAACUUAGUAUCGUUCUUGGCAUUGUUGUCGCUUUCUGGACCACAUACGGUACACGAUACAUGGCUGGCGAAUGGGCAUGGCGUCUACCUUUCUUCCUGCAAAUGGUUCCUGGUUUCGUCCUCGGCGUGGGCAUAUUCUUUCUCCCCUUUUCACCACGAUGGCUUUCCGCUAAAGGCCGCGAUGACGAAGCACUACAGGUAUUAGCGAAGCUGCGGCGAGCGCCUACCAAUGACUCCAGAGUCUUUCAAGAGUGGUGUGAAAUCCGCGCCGAGGUAACGUUCAAGCAAGAAGUCAAUCGCGAAAGGCACCCAGAGCUCCAAGCUCCCACGCGUUCAAACAGGAUCAAGCUCGAGUUAGCAUCCUGGAUGGACUGCUUCCGACACGGCUGCUGGAAGCGCACUGUUGUCGGUGUAGGCAUCAUGUUCUUCCAGCAAUUUGUCGGUAUCAACGCAUUAAUUUACUACAGCCCAAGUCUUUUCAAAACCCUGGGCCAGAACUACGAGAUGCAGCUCCUCCUCUCCGGAAUCAUUAAUUGCACGCAACUCGUCGGUGUGGCCACCAGUCUGUGGACAAUGGAUCGCUUCGGACGACGUCCUCUGUUGCUUAUAGGAGCGGGCUUGAUGUUCAUCUGCCACCUGAUCAUUGCUGUACUUGUUGGAAAGUUUGGCGACCGUUGGGCAAGCUAUGCCGUAGAAGGCUGGGUCGCAGUCGCCUUCCUGUUCUUCUACAUGUUCUCUUUCGGAGCAACUUGGGGUCCAGUUCCAUGGGCCAUGCCAUCGGAGAUCUUCCCGAGCGCAUACACUUUCUUCGCGGUCUUCUGUCUUCUCGCUUUCAUCUUCACAUUCUUUUGCGUGCCUGAGACGGCCGGAAAGACGCUUGAAGAGAUGGACUCGGUUUUCAAGGAUAUUAGCAGUGAGGCGGAAGAACAGAAGAAGACACGCAUCAUGGCGGAGAUUGUCGAGGGUAACAGGGGUAGAUAUACGACCUCUGCCUGA